AUGUUACAUCGACACCUUGUCGUUCGGCGUUCGGAACUCGGCCUUGCGGUUGAAGGGGAAGUGGAACCCUCGAAGGUGCCGAAGAGCCAUCUUGACGACGUCGACGACAGCCGUGUAUGGACACGACUGCAUUGGGAUCGAUCGCUCGUCAUGUCAUCAGCAGGAGCGCGACGACCGCGUCAAAUCACACCUACCUCACCCUCGCCCUCUCCCGAGCCGCAAUCCCACACAGGCGCUAAUGGUGCUGGAGCUACCAAGACCUCCCAACCAGCAACAGCCCUCCCACCGGCGCAAGCCGAGGCAAGCGCAGCGAUCGAACCCGCCGAUCCUACCGAGUCCGUGCGUGCUGCGCUUGAAACCCGCGUGCGUGCUGUCGUCGAUCUGCUGUACCAGCUCGCGGUGUGCUCGGCCGACGUGCAAGAGGGUUCGCAGCAUCUAGUGGCGAACAAGGUCAACGAGUGCAUCAAGGCGCUCGCCGAGCUGGACGCCACCAAGGACGAGCUGCAUCGUGCGCACCUGAUGGUGCCCCAGGAGGUGCUCGAGAUGCUCGAUGCGGGCAAGAACCCCGACACGCAUACGAGGAACUUUAUCGGCCGUCUCGCGAGCGAAAACCAGUACAGCUACGGCCAGCACAACGCAGUCAGCAGCUACAAGGACGCCCUCGACGCAGCACUCGAUCAGGCGUUCCCCGAACUGGCGGGUACCAACAAGCCAGCGGAGGCGCAAGAUUCACAGUAG